AUGCAGGUGCCACUCUUUCGAUUGCAGUGCGGGGUUAAUAGCUACGACUGGGUUGUUGAACUUGGUCGCCCAGGUAAAAUUGGCAAUGAAUCUGCUGCUGCACAAUACGCUGCCGCCACGCCCGCUGCCGAGUUCUCCGUUCAGAAUGAUAAACCCUACGCAGAGCUGUGGAUGGGCACUCAUCCUUCCCUGCCGUCUAAAGAUCUAGGAACCGAUCGUACGCUCUUGGAUCUCGUCCAGUCAAACCAAGCCUUGCUGGGUUCUGAGAUCUUUGAAAAAUACAACGGAAAACUUCCUUUCUUGUUUAAAGUCUUAUCUAUCCGAAAAGCCCUGAGCAUUCAAGCCCAUCCGAAUAAGAAACUCGCCGAGGUGUUGCAUCAACGUGACCCCAAAAAUUACCCCGAUGACAACCAUAAGCCUGAGAUGACCAUUGCCAUUACUCCUUUUGAAGGACUUUGUGGCUUCCGCCCCCUAGCUGAAAUUGCCCAUUUCCUUCGGACUGUUGAGCCGCUUCGUGAACUGGUUGGCGAAAAGGGAGCAGAGGAUUUUGAAAAAAUUGUGAUGGGAGGAUAUUCUGGCGUGACGGAGAAGAACAAGGCCGCCUUACGUGUGCUUUUUACGACCUUGAUGCAGUCGUCCCCCGACUCCAUCGCUCACGCGGCCCGGAAACUCGUCAAGAAAGCUCAGAGUUCACCCGAUACUUUCGCCGUGUCUGAGACUUUAUCGUCAACAAACCCCACCAGCCCAUCCGAGCUCGCAGCGCUCGUCAUCAGGCUCAACCAGGAGUUUCCAAACGAUAUCGGACUUUUCGUCCUCUUUUUCCUGAAUUUCAUUAAGCUUAAUCCAGGAGAAGCGAUGUUCCUCAAGGCCGACGACAUCCACGCCUACAUUAGCGGCGAUAUAAUUGAAUGCAUGGCUUCGUCUGACAACGUUGUCCGUGCUGGCUUCACUCCAAAAUUCAAGGAUGUGUCUACACUCACCAGCAUGCUGACUUACUCGUAUGCGCCGAUUGAAGAACAAAAGAUGGAGCCCACAGAAUACCCAUACGUGACGCUUAAUACCGUCGCAUACACAAGUGGCUCGUCAGCUUUGCUCUAUGAUCCACCCAUCGAGGAGUUCAGCGUCAUCAAGACUGACUUAAACCGUACGGGUGCGAAAGCAACUUUUGAACCUAUUAGCGGACCCAGUAUCAUCAUCUGCACUAGUGGUCACGGUCGCAUCAGUGUAGGAGACGCAAAGAGUGAAGCAGUCAAGCCCGGCUAUGUAUUUUUUGUGGGAGCCACGGCAGAGUGUGUCCUCGAGAACAGCGGCGCGGAAGGAGAUGAUGUCCCAUUCACCACUUUCAAAGCGUUUUGCGAGCUUGCCCUGGAAUAG